CGAUAGGCGUAUUUGCCGAUCGCUCCGGACCAAAGGACCAUUUUUCCCCCAACGAACCUUCUUAUCCCUGCUCUCGAAGGAUUCUCGAGUGGGCUAGCGUGGAUAGCGGAGCCCGUAUACAAGUGUAGAGGAACACGCGUGUUCGCGAGUGCGUGCGCGUUACGCGCGUAAACCAUCCGCCAGCGUGUUCACCGCGACCGAAGGUACUCUACUCUAGCAGCAAGAUAAACGUCGGCGGGGCACGCAAACGCGGAAAGACUCGGAAUCAAUCGAGCCAUUGUUCGAACUCAGAUAUGGGAUAGGAAACUGAUUUACCCCUUUCAUGGAGAACGUGUACCGUUUUUUUCUUUUUUUUUUUCAAAUUAUUAAUUGCCUUCAUCUGUGAAAGCUAUUCAUGCUCCGUUUCAUAUUUUUUAUGAGGGAUGUAUGGUACCCGUGCAUGGUUUGUUUCGGGAGCAACUUCGGCCCGCACCGGCACGAAACGUUUCAUUAUGAGCCUUCGUUAAAAUUCUCGUAUUUCCGUCUACCUAGAGAAACGAUAAUGAUUACAAAAUUAACUAGUAUCUUGGUGUCGCGAUGCAGGUUGUCCUCGAGCAUCCUGAUCCAUGGAGAUUCGCCGAUCCAGUGCGAUGUGCAACCACCAGUACAUCGAACGGAGCGAUUAACCUCUAUCACGAUCUCGACGACGAAUGGUUAAUUUACGAAAAGCUCACCGAAAAUGCUCUCCUUCGUUACAAGAGAAAUUCUCAAUGCAAUAAACAAUCUAAAUUCCCGAACGUGGUGCGACCUAAAUCGAUUCUGUUCAAUUUACAAGUAACUGACUGUUGUGAAAUUAUUUUUGACGAACGAGCAGACGGAGACAAAGUCACUAACCCAGCAUCUCAAUGGAUGAGGAAGAGCCUAUUUCCAAACGUUCCCCCGUAUGUAUAUUUCCAUAGUCACGAACGGAAACAGGCGGUCAAAUUGCCGAAAGAGUUCACGAAACUUCUGAAAUGGAAAUUUACUGGAACUAUGCCAAAGAUUUUGGUUAAAAUUUUAAUGAAUUCUGGAUAUCAAACGGUACUGAAGACCAACGACUGGUCUGCCAUUUGGAAUUUGUCUUGCAAAGAUCCGACUAGGUAUCAGCGUAUGAAAAGUUUCCAAAAGAUAAAUAGUAUCCCAGGAUCACAUAAUCUCGGGAACAAGGAUUCACUAUGGAACCAUCUAAGCAAAAUGAUGAAGAAAUUCGGUACCAGGGAAUACGGUUUCAUGCCGAAGACAUACAUUCUACCAAGAGAGAUACAAAAAUUCGAAAAUGUAUGGCUCAAGAAUGGCAUUGCUAACACGUGGAUAAUUAAACCACCGUCCUCUGGUCGCGGUCAAGGUAUCAAGAUAGUUAAUCAAUGGUGGGAGAUUCCAAAGUGGCAUUUGGUAGUCGUUCAACGAUACAUCACCAAACCGAAACUAAUUAAUGGCUUGAAAUUCGAUCUACGACUUUACGUGCUACUAACGAGCCUCAAUCCUAUGAGGAUUUAUAUCUACAAAGAGGGCUUGGUUCGUUUUGCUUCAGUCAGGUACGUACGAGGAGGGAAUCUAAACGACAAGUACAUGCAUCUAACGAACAGCAGCGUGAAUAGACAAAAUCCAGCAUACGUGAAGAACGACGGGGUGAAUUCGUUCAAGGGUCACAAAUGGUCCUUACGAUGUUUAUGGUCGUACCUCGAGCAAGAGGGAGUGGACGUGGCCGAGCUAUGGUCCAAGAUCAAGGACAUUGUCGUUAAAACGUUCAUCGCUGUGGAACCGACUAUGAACGUAGCCAUUUCGGAGUACUUGGUCUCGAGUUACACCUGCUACGAGUUAUACGGGUUCGACAUACUGCUCGACGAGAAUUUCAAGCCCUGGUUGCUCGAAGCCAACAUCCUGCCGUCGUUGCAAACGGAGUCGCCACUCGAUACGACUAUUAAGGGUGCUCUCGUUCGAAACGUAUUAAACAUGGCCGGUUAUCAGAUACCGAGGAACGAAAGGAUAUCCGGUAGCUGCAAAAAGUUCGAGUCGAUCAUGCAAGAUCACAGAUUGUACAGCAUGGCCCUAAAUCUCGAAGAGAAGAUGAAACAGAACGAGAUCAACGCGAUGCAAAAACGUGACGAGUAUUUCGAGCGAAUCAUUGAUAAACUUACGAGAGACGAUCUGAGACAAUUGAUACGUUACGAAGACGAGCUUAGCCAGGCUGAAAAUUUCGAGAAAAUCUUUCCAACAAAACGUUCGUACGAAUAUGAGAAAUUCUUCGAUGUGAAGAGAUACUACGACAGAUUACUCGAUGCUUGGGAGCAACGUUACUCUGAUAACCGACGAGAGGGAAUCGAAAGAUUGCGGAGGCACUGCGAGAAGAUGCAACAUUUACAGAUGAAUCCUAAUUGAUAUGGAAAUGGUUUCGAUUAAAACGAUUCGUCGUUGGAUCAGGGGUCAAUAUCGUGACGCAGGAAAGUUUUACGUAACAGACGCCAUAUUACGACGAGUCUAUUUCGUUAAUCAGAGUGUCGAAUGAAAUUCAAAUGAAAUUAGUGUGAAAUUCGUUGAAAUAUACCAGUUUGCGAAACAAAUAUUCGAGGGAAGGAGUUCUGCGUUUGAAACCGGAUGAUGAAUAAUUCAAAGAAUAUAAA